AUGAAAGAGAUCCACAGCGAUAACGGAACCGCUUUUAAGGGAGCGGCGAAUGAACUCAACCGAAUUCACCGAAUGCUGAAAUCUGACCAGGAAGGGCGGAAACAAAUACUUGACUGGUGUGCAGAAAAUGAAAUAAUUUGGCGAUUCAUUCCUCCACGGGCUCCCCACUUCGGAGGACUGUGGGAAGCAGCCGUGAAAUCAGCCAAGAAGCAUUUGUUGCGAGAAAUUGGUAAAACCAGCGUCAGUUUCGAAGAUAUGGUAACAUUACUCGCGCAAAUAGAAAUGUGUCUGAACUCGAGACCAUUAGUACCAAUCCCAACAGAUCCAUCUGAUUUGGAGGUACUUACUCCAGGACAUUUCCUGGUUGGGACCAAUAUGCAGGCAAUUCCGGAUAUAAACGUCAAGGAUGUUCCAGACAAUCGCCUGACACACUGGGAGUUGACUCAGAAACGAUUCCAGCAGAUCUGGUCUAGAUGGUAUCCCGAAUACCUCCAACAACUGCAAACCCGAGCUUCGAAAGGAUGCAAUCCUCCAAUCCAAAUUGAAGUUGGACGUGUCGUACUGCUUAAGGACGAAAAUUUGUCACCCAUCCAAUGGCCGCUUGCGAGAAUCACCAAGGUUCAUCCUGGUAAGGAUGGAAUCACUCGAGUUGUCACCUUAAGGACAGCAACUGUGGAUGCCGUAUUGAGACCUGUCGCUAAAAUCGCCUUAUUGCCGUUAUCUGAACCCUACAAUACAGUGGUUCCAGCAUCGAGUUCCAGCGAAAGAUCCGGGUAG